UGCAGUAGCUAAUAUGACGGGCAUUAGUGCUUCACGCUACUAAUUUCUUCCAACGGACACUGAUCAUAUUUUUAUUGCACCCUUUGCAUUUUACCCUGUGCAGCAAUUUGCUUAUUGAAAGGCAAUGGAGUGGACGGAUCCCAUUUCCAUAUUUUUACUUUUUGUCCUGACUGUUCUGUUUAUUAUGAAAACUGAAAAAUUCUGGAAUAGCAACUUCCAAGAGGAUUUCCCCCCGGGACCAAAGCCUUUACCCAUCAUUGGAAAUCUGCAUAUAAUGGACCUGAAGAGGCCCUACCGGACUAUGCUGGAGCUGUCAAAAAAAUAUGGCCCAGUCUUCAGCAUUCAGAUGGGAUGCCAGAAAAUGGUGGUGCUCUCGGGAUAUGAGACAGUGAAGGAGGCUCUUGUGAACCAGGCAGAUGCAUUUGCAGAGAGACCUAAAGUCCCAGUACUUGAAGAGAUUUCAAAAGGAUAUGGUGUUAUUUUUUCUCACGGCAAUAACUGGAAAGUGAUGCGAAGAUUUACUCUCACGACCUUACGAGACUUUGGAAUGGGCAAGAGGGCCAUAGAGGACCGGAUUGUUGAAGAAUAUGGAUUUCUGAUGAAGGAUAUUGAAUCUCAUAAAGGAAAGCCCUUUGAUAUCGCUACAAUUAUGAAUGCUGCAGUUGCCAAUAUCAUUGUGUCAAUAUUACUUGGAGAACGGUUUGACUACAAAAAUCCCACAUUCUUAAGACUACUAAGUUUGAUGAGUGAAAACGUCAGGCUGGCUGGAAGUCCGUCAGUUACGCUAUAUAACAUGUUCCCAGCCCUUGGAUUUCUACUCAGGAAUUACAAGAUUCUUUUGCAAAACACAAGUGAAUUUCACUCUUUUAUACAGCGUACUUUCAUAGAACACCUGAAAGAACUGGACAAAAAUGAUCAGAGAAGUUUUAUUGAUGCAUUCCUUGUAAGACAGCAGGAGGAGAAAAGUAAUCCCAAUGGAUAUUUCCAUAAUGCCAACUUAAAAAGCCUUGUGCAAAACUUGUUUGCUGCUGGCAUGGAGACCACUUCCACCACGCUGCGCUGGGGACUUCUGCUAAUGAUGAAAUACCCCCAAAUUCAGAGCAAAGUCCAAGAAGAGAUCGCAAGAGUUAUAGGAUCAGCCCAGCCACGAAUCGAACAUCGAACUCAAAUGCCGUAUACGGAUGCAGUUGUCCAUGAAAUUCAGAGGUUCGCUAAUAUCCUGCCCAUGGACUUGCCUCAUGAAACCACUGAGGAUGUGACUCUUAAAGGCUACUUUAUUCCAAAGGGAACUUACAUCAUCCCCUUACUGGCCUCUGUACUGCAGGAUGAAUCUCAGUGGAAGAAACCAGAUACAUUCAGUCCUGAGCAUUUUCUUGACUCCAAAGGAAAGUUUGUAAAGCAAGAGGCUUUCAUGCCUUUUUCAGCAGGUCGGAGGAUCUGUGCAGGUGAGACUCUUGCCAAAAUGGAGCUCUUCCUCUUCUUUACGAGCCUCCUGCAGCGGUUCACUUUCCAUCCUCCUCCUGGAGUUACCAGCUCAGACCUGGACCUCACCCCGGCGGUUGGGUUUACCACCCCCCCAAUGUCCCAUAAGAUCUGUGCUGAGCCACGUUCUUAGAGCUCCUUGCUUUAGGCCAGGUCUCACUACAAAGUUUGGCAGAUAUACAUAUGAUAGUCAGAAAAUCACAUGCCUGACAUAGCUAUGUCAGCAACACCCUCCCCCCAUGUAGAUGCAGUUUAUACCAAGAGAAGAGUCUUUGUAAAUAAUAAAUGGAGAUAUCCCAUCUCCUAGAACUGGAAGGGACCCUGAAAGGUCAUAGAGUCCAACCCCCUGCCUUCACUAGCAGGACCAAGUACUGAUUUUGCCCCAGAUCCCCAAGUGGCCCCCUCAACAAUUGAACUCACAACCCUGGGUGUAGCAGGCCAAUGCUCAAACCACUGAGCUAUCCCUCCCCCCUUUGUGAUGAUCUACUUGAUGUUGUUCAGGGAGGUAGUUUAAGGUCCUGGCAAAAUAUCUCAUUUUGCCAGCAUAUGCUGGGUCUCCACUACAGGGCUUUGCUGGUAUAGUUACGCAGGUCUAGCUAUAUCAGCAAAGCCGUUGUGAUGUAGACUAACCCUUACUCAUGUGUAUCUUCAGGUUCUCCCUGGUACGCUGCCGUGCACUGGCCUUUGGCUAUGGUUUGACCCAUGAUUUGUUAGGACCCCAUCCUAGCCGCAGUUACACCAAUGGGCAACUCCAUUGACUCCAAUGACGUUAGCAAGGUUGCAUGGGUGUAACUGGGACUAGAGUCUUGUACUGCCCGUUACAUUGUACAACCUCAGAGGAGCCUCCGUGCCUAGCCCAGAACUUGGCCAUUCGCAAAAUCACACAUUACUGUGCAACCAAGAGGCAACAUCCACCGGAGCGGGAGCUGAAACAGCAGACUGAUGCAGAACACACGGUCCAAUGUCCUCUGCACCAAAAUCUCCUGGAUGUUGCUAUCUGCACAGAUGCUGACCCUGCAUCUUCAGCAGUUAUUACCCCGUACGUUGAUGAUUUCCAACUCGAUGGGAGGGACCUCAGAGAAGUGAGGAGUCUGCUCCGGAGGGAGGUGUGGUGAUGACUUUCAGUACCAAAAAAGGAACCUCUGCACUACCAGGGCUGCCCCUGACCUCUGAAACUAUAUGUAUCUGAACACAGAUGAAGGAUUGUAAGAAUUACACAAAGUAAGUAACAGCUAGAGAAACACAGCAGAGAACAAGAACCUUUGUCCUAAAAUACACUUCAAAGGCCUGGGGGAAGUGUAUUUGGGGAGCAAAAAAGAUACCUUGGCAUCCUGCACCUAGCAUGUAAACAGACAGCGGGUUUACAUUCUUAAAAACUGGAUCACAAUCAGGCUUGGUGAAAUGCUGCAAAAGACAUUUGGGGUGAGAUAAACUUACUUAGAUUGGAGGUUAGCCUGGCAAGUUAAGUUAAGUUUAGCCUUUAGAAAGCAUGUUAUACUUGCUGGCAGAGGCAAUGUGUGUGGGUGCGGGGGGGGGCAUCCCCCCAAGAUUGCUCAGUCACAUGGUGCGGCCAGGCCCUCUCCCUACACAGUAGCUGAGCCAGGGAGCUGCGCCAGGGAGGGAGAGGCAGAGGCAGGAGGAACAGCUGGGAGCUGCUCAGAGGGUGAUUUAACUCUGCAGAGAGGCAAAGGAAGUUGGAAGCAUGCAUUUCACAACGAUAUUAAUGGCCAGCCUGACCAUGGUUUCAUUUAAGAUCUUCCAUGAUACUCUUUGGUGAACCAGAGUGUACAUACCAAGAUCAGUAUAUGCUUGUAACCCAGUUGGCAUUGAGGGGUUUUAGGGUCACACCCCCAUACCAGAGUUCUCUAUUCUCCCCCUCCUGCCAAAGGCUGUGUGCUGCACACCCCCAUUUCCUGCCAUCCCCACUUCACCCCAACCAUUCUUCUUCUUUCUGUCUGGGGGCUAAGUCAUUCCAGAUGUCACCAUGUUAAAUUCUAUUGGGAGGAUGGGUAGAGUUAAGAGAAAUGGGUAUCCUUAUACUAGAAAGCACUAACUCAACCAUCAACCAGCCGUUUGAGUGCUAGACAAUUGCAGAGGUGUUUGAGUCUGUGGCUGUGAUAAAGAGCUGGCAGGGACUUCAUAUGUCUUCCAUUUCCCCCUUUUGGUUUUUAUUAUCCCCCAAAAUCAAUGGAUUUCUGACCAUCGAUGCCUAGAAUAGUCCCUGAAAUUUUAGAAUUGAUUAUUGUGAUACAGACAGAGAAAUGUCAAGUCAAGUGUAAGGCCUUCACACAGGGCUGGAUUUCCCCAUCCCUGGGCUCAUGGUGACCACAGGGUCACAGCACUGCUCAGGUUUGGCCUGGCCUCCCUUCUGUUAUGAUGGAGAAGCAGUAAGGCCAAAUUUGAGUGAGUGGCAUUGUAACCUGACACAUGGGCUCACGGCACUGCUUAGGUUUGCUUCACCUUAUGAAUCUGGGCCCUACACAUGUGCCUACUUGCCUAUGCAUUAAUCCAGCCCUGCCUUCACAAGAUCAGCCAAGUAGGAAAAUGGCAAGCGUAGCUGUCUCACUAGUGUUUGUACCUCAACCAACUAACAAGUGUUAUAACUACACUUAGCUAUCUCUGCACUAGGAUUGCAACAUUUAUUGAUAUGUUAAAAGUACACUGAUUUUCCUACUACAGACAAGCCCUGAAAGAGAGAAACUGAGGCAGAGGGUAAGGCCAAGUUUUUCAAACUUGUCCAAACAUGGAUCAAGAUACGUUUGUAACCCCGUUGCCAGUUGGCAUUGAGGGUUUUUUGGGUUACACCACCCAUACCAGGGUUCUCUAUGCUCCCCCUCAUGCCAUAGGCUGUGUGCACCCUCCUCUCCCCCAUUUUCCACCAUUCCCAAUUCUCAACCAUCAUUCUUCUUUCUGUCUGGACAUUAAGUCAAUCAGGCUGUCAAACGGGUUAGACAAACACUUGGCAGAAAUGGUCUAAUUAUUACUUAGUCCUGCUUUGAGUGCAGGGGACAGGACUAGAACUAGAUGACCUAUUAAGGUCCCUUCCAGUCCUCACUUCUGUGAAACCUCUUCUUCCUUCUCUUCCAGUUCUAAGACUAUGUUUUGGGGAAAUGUACAUUAAAAGGAUUUUAGAAGGAUGCCAGUGUAUUCAAUUUAUUAAAAGUCUGUUUCCUUAGCUAAUUAUGAAAAUAGUCAAUAUGAAGCUAACAUUUGUAUGUCUUUAUUGUCUUCUAUCAACUCAAAUGCAGUGAUAAAUGUAUAUUGUUUAAAUAAUCAGUUCUGAUCACCUAACAUCUCAAAAGUUGAGUAUCUUGUCCUAUAAAUAAAGAUUCUAUCUGCA